CUCUGCUCGCACCCCAGCCCAUCUCAACCCGGCACGGACAACGGUGGCAGUGGCUGAUUGAUUGAUGGUCGCUGGAUUUGGUCAAGUGCUUAAUAUAAUAACCUCAUCCUCUUCAUAGUACAUCAUCCCAAUAACCCUUCUUAUCCAUCCAUCGACAACCCCUCAAAGCUUCAACUCAGAGACAUCUUGACCACUCCACAUCCACCUGCAAAAGUUAACAAUGUUCAGUCGCAAGAAAGCUGUCGAAAUCCCACCUGUAGAGGAGCCCAAGGCCCGAGCGCCCCCGGUAAACCGAAACUUGUUAUCCUCGAGCAGGAACCCGGCUGGUCCAUCCUCCUCAGGUCGACCGAUGGCCAACGACAGAUUUGGGAACCCGGAUGCCAACCGACAAGAGCUUUUCAAAGGCGCGCGUCCACCCAAUAGAUCAUUCGUCGACCGUGACAUGGAUGGCCCACCAGGAUCCUCUGGAAAUCAGCUCGAUGAUGAGGAUGAAGAAGUCGAGGCUAUCAAGCAACAGAUCAAAUUCACCAAACAGGAAAGCUUGAGUAGUACUCGUAACGCCUUAAGAAUUGCCAGAGAGGCCGAGGAAACCGCCCGUAAUACUAUGAACCGCCUUGGGGAACAAUCUGACCGAUUGGCCAACACGGAGAAUCAUCUGGAUAUGGCAAAGGCCCACGCCGUCAGAGCUGACGACCAACAGAAAGAGAUCGUUGCCUUGAAUCGCUCGAUCUUCAGACCGACGUUCACCUUCAACAAGAAAGGCAAACGAGACGCACACGAGCAGAAAUUAUUAUCACGACACGAGGAGGAAAAGGCCGAGCGAGAAGAAGUUCGUCGUCAACAGUACGAAUCUAGGGAGAGGACCGCAGAAACCUUGAAGGCUUUAGAUAAGGGUGCCAAUCAACCGAAAGGAGCACCCGGAGGAUUACGGUCUAGAUUGGCCGAUAAGGCUCGGUACCAAUUCGAGAACACCGAAAGUGACGACGAGUUGGAGGAUGAGUUGGACGACAACCUCAACGAGAUCUCUGGCCUGACCUCUCGCUUGAACUUGAUGUCCAAAACCAUGGGCACAGAGAUCGACUCCCAAAACCGUAAAUUGGAAGGCAUGUCCACCAAAACCGACAGACUCGACAACCGUAUUCACGGCCAAACCGAGAGAUUAAAACGUAUCAAAUAGAUCUCUUGGCCUUGAUUGAGCUCGUUGUCUUGACUUAUACAGCCUCAGACACUUUCGGCUUGGUUUAUCGCUGCAGGUCCGCCCGUCUACACCUUUACCUUUUCGAGCCCAAUUAGCACUUCCAUCUUUCUUAGUUUCUUACCUCUCCAUCUCCUCUCGUUCCUCGCUCUGUAUUUCCUUGUUGUUGAAUAAUUGGAUUUGCAAGAGCUUCUUUCAUCCUUUCCUAUCCUUUCUUCCUCUCACGCUAUCAAAUAACCAAACAAUCUAUGCACACAAAAACUUCUAAAAAAAUAGUCUCUUUUCUUUUUUUUUCUUUGUUUCUUUCACUUUCAACGUGAUUGUACAUAACCUAUCGGAUCCCAAAAUUCAUCGUUACUACUACUUACUAUCCUACUCUUAAAUCCUCUGGUACGUUCUGCCAUCAAAUGGCAAAUUGUAAUUGUAGUUACUUUUAUGAUUGAUUUACUUUCAAUUAAUUUGCAUAUGUAAAUAGGCAUGGCUUUUGAGGUCCCAAUAAUUGGAG